AUGGAGAAAUACAGAAAAUAUUCAGACCCUGAAAGUAAAAAUGCUCUUGCAAAUCUAAUUUCUAGUGAACCAAAUGAGACAUUAGGUACCAAUCCCCCUGGUAAUGUUUAUGCCAUCAAUGAUACCCUGUCAGCUGAAGGUGCAGCUGACGAUUACGAAACCUGUCUGAAACAUUUGGUUCAGACUGGGGUGAUAGAUAAAUCUUCCGUGAGCGGGUUCCCAAAGUUUGAUCUCAUGCUUGUGGGCAUGGGUCCUGAUGGACAUGUAGCCUCUCUGUUCCCUGGCCAUCCACUCCUCAAGGAAAACCAGAAAUGGGUCACACACAUCAAAGAUUCUCCAAAACCACCUCCCGAGAGAAUUACGUUUACCUUCCCUGUCAUCAACUCAUCUGCAUAUAUUGCUCUUGUGGUGUGUGGUGCUGGUAAAGCUAGUGUAGUGCAGACAGCAUUGGGAAAGAAUCAAAACUCUGAGGUGUUCCCUGUUCAAAUGGUUUCUCCCGACGGGGAAUUGAAGUGGUUUUUGGACAAAGAUGCGGCUUCAAAGCUGGAAAAUUUUGUUGAUGCGGUGGUGGGGCGGAGGUGGGAAACGCCGGGUGGUACUGUUGCUGGUGGUGGAGUGAACGGACGAUCCUCUCAUAAUCACAUUGGGAGAAAAACAAAAACCCUAGAAAGAAAAGAUAGUAAGGUAGAGAGCGUGAGGAUGGUUCUUGUAGUAUUUAGUGGGUUGAAUGAGAGGGAAAAAAGGGUUGAUGGCGGAAAGGGAUUUGAUUGUGAGAGAUUGAGGGAAUUUAAGGUGGCCAUGAAGUGCAUUUUGAAGUAUAUUGAAGGAGGAGGGAAAGGGGAAGGGAGUUUGGAGGUGUUUGUGUCUGAUGGAGAGAUUGAUUGUGAAAGGAUUCACAGAUUAGUUUUGAGAGAAAUUAGGAGGUUGGAAGAUGGGUUGCCUAUUUAUGCUGAUAGGCAGCAGAUUUUGGAAACAAUUCGCAGCAAACAGCUUUACCUAUCAGCUUAUGGAAUUCAUUCCACCAAGGUUUCAAAGUGA